AUGGCCAUCGGGGGCGUGAAGUUCGGCGGCAGCACCACCGCCACCGCGCAGGCCGCGAUCUUCACCAAACUUUCCCCCGCCGGGACCUCUUUUAAGGCCGCGGCGGCGGCGUCGUGGCCGAAAGGCCAGGCCAUCGCCGUCGACUUCCUCUACGAGCCGCAGGCCAUCGGGGCGAUGACGGAGACGAUCAGCUUCAGCGCCCCUGCCGGGGAUGUCUUUCACUUCCCGAUCCUCGCGACCUGCACCCCGCCGCAGCGCCAGGGCCCGGUGCUGCUCCGCCCCGACGCCUCCACGACGAUCGCCUUCAAGAACGUCUUCCCCUACUUCCUCACGAUCUUCGUCUCGACGGAGCCUGGGGGGAACUUCAUUGUGAACAAAAAAACGGAUGUUAUCGCGCCGAAGAAGGUCGCGAAUUUGAUCGUCCAGUGCAAGAUGGAGGAGGGCGUGGAGACGUGCUUUGGGAAGAUGGUCAUUGCGUGCACCCCGCCCGGGGUGGCGGAGCCGAUCGAGUGGGUUUACUACCUCGAGGGCCGCCGCGCCGAGGGCGUCAACGCCUCCCGACGCUCCAUCGUCGGGCGUAAAAAGUAG